CCGAUUUUCCUUGACUGUGAACGCACCAUUCUCCAUCUUCCGCCGAACAGGGAAGGGACCAACCUGCGUCCUGCUGCAGAAUUCCCCGCGUUACUUAUUCAAACAGGCAGUAAACCACCAUCAUGACAGACUCCAAAUACUUCACUACCAACAAAAAAGGGGAGAUCUUUGAGCUGAAGGCAGAGUUAAACAAUGAGAAGAAAGAGAAGAGAAAAGAGGCGGUGAAGAAGGUCAUUGCUGCCAUGACUGUUGGCAAAGAUGUCAGUUCGUUGUUUCCAGAUGUGGUGAACUGCAUGCAGACUGACAACCUGGAGCUGAAGAAGUUGGUCUACCUGUACUUGAUGAACUACGCCAAAAGCCAGCCAGACAUGGCCAUCAUGGCUGUGAACAGCUUUGUAAAGGACUGCGAGGACCCCAACCCGCUGAUCCGGGCUCUGGCUGUCCGCACCAUGGGCUGCAUCCGGGUGGACAAGAUCACAGAGUACCUGUGUGAGCCGCUGAGGAAGUGCCUGAAGGAUGAGGACCCAUACGUGAGGAAGACGGCAGCUGUUUGCGUGGCAAAGCUGCAUGACAUCAAUGCUCAGAUGGUGGAAGAUCAGGGCUUCUUGGACUCCCUGAGAGAUCUCAUCGCUGACUCAAACCCCAUGGUUGUUGCCAACGCAGUUGCCGCUCUAUCUGAGAUCAGCGAGUCUCACCCCAACAGCAAUUUGCUGGACCUGAAUCCCCAGAACAUCAAUAAGUUAUUGACGGCCCUCAACGAGUGCACAGAGUGGGGACAGAUCUUCAUCCUGGACUGCCUGUCCAACUACAACCCCAAGGAUGACCGAGAGGCUCAGAGCAUAUGUGAGCGUGUCACUCCUCGGCUGUCUCACGCCAACUCAGCAGUGGUCCUGUCCGCAGUCAAGGUCCUGAUGAAGUUUUUGGAGCUGCUGCCAAAGGACUCGGACUACUACAACACCUUGCUGAAGAAGCUGUCUCCCCCGCUGGUUACCUUGCUGUCUGGAGAGCCAGAGGUCCAGUAUGUGGCUCUGAGGAACAUCAACCUCAUUGUUCAGAAGAGGCCUGAGAUCCUGAAGCAGGAGAUUAAAGUGUUCUUCGUCAAGUAUAAUGACCCGAUCUAUGUGAAACUGGAGAAACUGGACAUCAUGAUCCGCUUGGCCUCUCAGGCCAACAUUGCCCAGGUUUUGGCUGAACUGAAGGAAUAUGCCACAGAGGUGGAUGUUGACUUUGUGCGCAAGGCUGUGCGAGCCAUCGGACGCUGUGCCAUCAAAGUGGAGCAAUCUGCUGAGCGCUGUGUCAGCACUCUCCUGGACCUGAUCCAGACGAAGGUCAACUAUGUGGUUCAGGAGGCUAUUGUGGUCAUCAGGGACAUUUUCCGCAAGUACCCUAACAAAUACGAGAGCAUCAUUGCCACGCUGUGUGAGAAUCUGGACUCCCUGGAUGAGCCCGAUGCGCGAGGUGCCAUGAUCUGGAUCGUCGGAGAGUACGCCGAGAGGAUUGACAAUGCUGAUGAGUUGCUCGAGAGCUUCCUCGAAGGUUUCCAUGACGAGAGCACUCAGGUGCAGCUCACUCUGUUGACCGCCAUCGUCAAGCUGUUCCUGAAGAAGCCAUCAGAGACUCAGGAGCUGGUGCAGCAGGUCCUCAGUCUGGCCACUCAGGACUCGGACAACCCUGACCUUCGUGACAGGGGCUACAUUUACUGGCGCCUGCUGUCGACUGACCCUGUGACCGCCAAAGAGGUGGUGCUGUCAGAAAAGCCCCUGAUCUCCGAGGAGACGGACUUGAUUGAGCCCACUCUGCUGGACGAGCUGAUCUGCCACAUCGGCUCGCUGGCCUCGGUCUAUCACAAGCCACCCAGCGCAUUUGUGGAGGGAAGUCAUGGAAUCCAUCGGAAGCACCUUCCUAUUCAGCACAGCAGUAUUGACACAGGCGAGAGCCCUGUGAGCGGUGGUCCAGCCGCCGCCAUGGACCAGCCACACGUAAUCCCCAGCCAGGGUGACCUGCUGGGUGACUUGCUGAACCUGGACCUGGGCCCUCCUGUCAACGUUCCCCAGGUCUCCUCCAUGCAAAUGGGUGCAGUGGACCUUCUAGGUGGAGGCCUGGACAGUUUGCUGGGGGGAGACCUGGGCGGAGGUGUUGGGGGAAGUCCAGCAGUGGGACAAAACUUCAUCCCGUCAUCCGUCCCCAGCACUUUUGCUCCGUCACCCACUCCUGCUCCUCCAGCUGUCAGCAGUGGCCUCAAUGACCUGUUUGAGCUUUCUACAGGCAUGGCCGUCACCACUGGAGGCUACGCAGCCCCAAAAGCAGUGUGGCUUCCUGCAGUAAAAGCAAAGGGACUAGAAAUCUCUGGAACGUUCUCCCGCCGCCAAGGCCACAUGUAUAUGGACAUGUUGUUCACCAACAAGGCUCUGCAACACAUGAACGACUUUGCCAUCCAAUUCAACAAGAACAGUUUUGGUGUGAUCCCCACCAGUCCCCUCCCCGUUCACACUCCACUGAUGCCCAAUCAGAGUAUCGAGGUCUCCCUCCCUGUAAACACCAUUGGGCCUGUUAUGAAGAUGGAUCCACUAAAUAAUCUGCAGGUGGCUGUAAAGAACAACAUAGAUGUGUUUUACUUCAGCAUCCUCAUCCCUCUGAACAUAUUCUUUGUUGAAGAUGGAAAAAUGGAGCGACAGGUGUUCCUGGCUACCUGGAAGGACAUCCCCAAUGAGAAUGAACUCCAGUACCAGAUCAAAGACUGUCACCUAAACGCUGACACAGUAUCUGGCAAACUACAGAAUAACAAUGUCUACACCAUUGCCAAAAGAAACGUGGAAGGCCAGGAUAUGCUGUACCAGUCGCUCAAGCUAACCAACGGCAUCUGGAUCCUGGCUGAGCUCCGCAUUCAACCAGGGAACCCCAAUUACACGCUCUCUCUGAAGUGUCGGGCCCCUGAAGUGUCUCAGUACAUCUACCAGAUGUACGACUCCAUCCUGAAAAACUGAGCUCAUGGCUACUCUCUUCACUUAGUGGUUUUAUUUUCUGUGUCUGUAGCCAACUGCCAGAACAAGAGAUCUCAAAAAGCGAAUGAUAAAUAAUAAUCUAAGAUAUUAGGCGUAAUUAUUACGUUGGAAAAGUCGUUGUCAAUCAGUUGAAAUGAAUUGUGGUUAACGUAGUUGCAGUGUCGGUGGUUCUGACAGUUUAAAAGCGCUGCUUAUAUCUCUGAUUAUACUCCCUUUUUGUGUUUGUGGCCCAGUGAAGACCUGUUGAUCAUUCCAUCCAAAGCCCUGUGUGUUCGUGUUGUGACUGAUGGUAAAAUAGUCCUGAGAAAUUUUUUAAAUUUGUUUUGGAACGCUCCCAUUUCCUCUGCUUUACAUCUUAACUUUUCUUCGGCUCUGCGUUCAGAAUAAGACCAGAGUUGCAUGGUUGUUUUUGCCAUUGUUUCUUGUAAACAGAAUCGUGAAUAGGUUCACUGAAUAAAAACAGUACAUGUACAUACACAGCUGAAGAAAACGUAAUAAUUGCAACAUGUUAGAGAAAAAGGUUUGAGUUUAUAAAGGUUAUAAGAGCUCUAACUCAGACUUAUUCGCCACAUCUUUGUGUCUGGUGCUCGUUCUCUAAUGCCAUGUGUUUUAUCUAAAAAGUGAUGCUUUAAAAGUUAAUUUUUUUGCGUUUAAUGUUCAGAUUAUAAGCCUCACAUAGAACUUUUAUCCAGCAGCUUGUUUGUAAUUUCAGUAUUUUGUUCAUUUCUUUAAUCUAGAAAAGCACAGAAAUACAAGUGAGCAAAAUAUAAUCAAACUGUGUUGCAAGAAAAUUUGGCAACAAGACCAAAUCACCUUUAUAACUCAACCAUUUCAAUAACUACAGUAGCUGUUUUUUGCCAUACGUUUUCACUAUAAAUGCUGCUGAAAUGACCUUUUUUUUUUCCAAACAGUUGAUACAUUUGUCAUUCCCAGUUCAUCGUACAUCUACCUCUUUGUUUUCUUUUGUCUCUUCGUUUUCUAUUCAUCCCUUCUCUCUUUCGAAUACUGUUAUUGUCGUAUUCAUGCCAGUAUAGGGUUGUGAUGAGCCAGCCGAAAUCCAGCUCACAGGACCAAGUGUUCACAGAACUGAAAUGCCAGGUUUAUGUUUUAAAAAUGUCUUGUCCUCAUGAACUAAUAUGGGCAUCGUGUGGUGUAUACACCCGCAGGCACAGCGCUGUAGUGUGGUACAGUUAUUAGUGUAUGGUGUGUAGCGAAUACAAAGCUUUUAUCACACUGAAAUUUAAAUAAAGAAUUCCCUCUAUCCCACAAAUGCA